AUGGCUGCACUUAUUCAAAACAACCAACCAAGCACAUCAAUGGUAGAUCGUAUCUCCGACUUACCGAUCCCCAUUUUGCAUCACAUUCUAUCGUUCCUCCCCACAAGAGAUGUAGUUCGCACCUGCGUUCUUUCCAAACACUGGCACUCUACUUCUUCUUCCUUCCCCAUCCUGGAGUUUGAUAUAUACGACUUCAGAUCACAUGGGGAUUCAAAUAAUCCCAUAAAAAACGAAGCAUUUCUCAGGUGGGUGGAUGCAAGAGUUCAAAGGUUGUACGAAACAACAGACACCAACAUCCUUAGGUUGAAGGUGAUGGUGGACCUUUUAGAUCCUCGGAUUUUCCGAGCAAUAGAGCGUGCCAUGGAAAGAAAUGUUGAAGAACUCGAUCUGGCUUUUCAUUUGCUCUACGGCAGCUUCAAACACCAAAACAUGCUUUACUACUCUGCUAGGUCAGUGGUUGUGUAUAAGCUGGGAGGGAUAGAUCUCAACCUUCUCGAUCUCCUUCGUGGCUGCCCUUUAGUCCAAGAAUUGAACCUCAGGAGUUGUCUUCUCCAGGAAACAACAAUUGUUAGCGAUGCUAACAACCUCAAAACAUUGGUGUUCAAGAACUGCCAUGGCAUGCGGGAUUUCGUGAUUCGGGCACCAAAUCUCGAAUCUUUCGCCUACACCGGUGGGUCCUUUUGUGCCAUCCAUCUUGCCCAGCCCUCCUCUCUCAAGAAUGUCAGAUUGGGCCAUUUUAUAUCUGAUCAGUGGCUGGAAAACCUGAUCCGAGGUUGCCCCAAACUGGAAUUUCUCAAAAUCAAUUGCAGCGGGUUGGAGAGAAUAGCGAUUUGUCACCAACGGUUAAAGAGCUUGAAGCUUUAUGACUGUACCAGCAAUUCAGGGUUAAUCAAGAUUGACACGCCGGAGCUACUUCAUUUUGCAUACAACGGUACAACUAUGCCUUUUUAUAUGUUCAAUUAUUCGGCUUCCCUCAAGGCCACUCUUAAGUUGUUUCGUUACGAUGAAGAUGAUGCUCGAUGGUUUGCCAAUCUAAGGAAAAUGUUGCAGUGGUUUUCUGAAUGUGAAACCCUACAACUUGCUCCUGACUUCUACCCAGAGGAUCUAAUUUUUGGGAUGGAUAUUAGAGACAACAGUAUUCCAUUUGUGUAUGGACUAAAGAAUUUGGAGAUACAAAUCCCAUUCUGCUGGCCGAGAAGUCCUGUGCCGUUUAUAGAGCUCAUUGACACCUAUCUUUGGUUGUGUCCACAUUUGGAGACACUGAAGAUAGCAUCUGAAGACACAGAGGAAGAGGAAGCAGCGUUUAAGGUCCUCGGUCGCUAUGGAGACCGUGGAAGACUCGUCGGACCACUCUAA